AGGGAGGAAGAACCCCAAACCAGCUGCGUAAAUGAGUAUGGAAGAUUAUGAUUUCCUCUUCAAAAUUGUUUUAAUUGGCAACGCCGGUGUGGGGAAGACCUGCUUAGUCCGUCGCUUCACUCAGGGACUUUUCCCACCGGGUCAAGGAGCCACGAUUGGGGUUGACUUUAUGAUUAAAACUGUGGAGAUAAAUGGUGAAAAAGUAAAGCUGCAGAUCUGGGACACAGCAGGACAAGAGCGGUUCCGAUCCAUCACGCAGAGUUACUAUCGCAGUGCUAAUGCGUUAAUCUUGACCUACGACAUCACCUGCGAAGAAUCCUUCCGGUGUCUCCCCGAGUGGCUGCGAGAAAUUGAGCAGUAUGCCAGCAAUAAGGUCAUAACUGUGCUAGUGGGUAAUAAGAUUGAUUUAGCUGAUAAGAGGGAAGUCUCCCAGCAAAGAGCUGCAGAGUUUUCUGAAGCACAGGACAUGUACUAUCUGGAAACCUCAGCAAAAGAAUCGGAUAAUGUGGAAAAACUCUUCCUGGACUUGGCCUGCCGGUUGAUCAGUGAGGCACGACAGAACACGCUUGUGAACAAUGUCUCAUCCCCUUUACCAGGAGAGGGGAAAAGUAUCAGCUACUUGACUUGCUGUAAUUUUAAUUAAAGAGCUGGCAUGUGAUUCUUCCUUCCACCAUGGGCCAAGAGGAUUUUUUUUUUUUUUUUUUGGCUGGGAUUUAUCUACUUGAAGGAAAUUCCUGCCACUUUGAACCGUCUGACUUACCUUGAGUCAGGUUGCAGACCUGGAAGCACGGCAGGCUGAUGGCUCCUGCUGCAUGGCAACAUAGCAGAAUAUAACAUGGGUUAAAUUUUGUUUUUCUUGCAGUCUCUGGAGUGGAUUAGGCAAAGAGAGUUGUACAAGUGCUUCAUGUCAUGCAGAACAUGAGCUACUGCAUUUCCUUCUAUAAGAGACUCGAGCAGCCUCUCUUGAAGACACUGAAGAGAUCAAAGUCUCUCAUAUAGAACAAUGUGUUUGGUCCUUUUUAAAAUAAAUAAAAAGAGAAAACUGACAAUGAACACUGACCCUGGACUACACUGGCAAUCUUUUGGGCUGCCAGUGAGUGAGCUCUUAGGACAUGUACAUAGUGUCUGCACACACAUCUUCAUGGAGGACUCUGGUGUUUGAAAUAGUGUUACAUCUUUCAUCUACAGGCACUUUCAUGAAAUUAAAAAAAAAAUGUUACAUAUAUCAACAUUUUCAAGAUUUAAGAGAACACGGAUACAGUUCAGUUGCUCCCUUUGGUGCUAGAAGUUCAGCAAAUAUUCCAUAGACCAAACGUAGUCUUACUACAUUACUGUUCUCUGAAUGUGUAGACUGAUUAGGAAAAAACACUAAUAAGCACUGUUCAUAAAAAUCUUGUUACCUCUUUUUCUAGGCCUGUAGUGGGAAAGGACUGUGCUUCUUUGAUAUCCAACAUAGAAUGAAAAGACUUUCCAGAAGUAGGGGGGGAAAAAAAUAAAUUAACUGUUCCUUCGCUAAUUAGUAAUGUCCUAAGGUGAAAAAUUAGCCUUUGGAAAGGUGAUUUGUGGAGUUUGAAAAAGCAUACCAGACACGAUCAAAAUCUUGUGUGUGCGUGGAUUGUGUUUAAGGGUUCAAAGAGCACAGUUUGGAGCGGCGGUCUGCAAUAUGUCUGGCUUAAAAAUAAAGCUUGUAGAUACAGUUCUUGUUGAAAGGCAGGCAUACAAUUUUGUAGAAGGUUUUUUUAAUGCUAAGUGGAAAUAGUGAUGGGUUGCAAGUGGUAUCAUUCUGUGUGUGACCCAUCCAGUACUCACCUUGUGGAACUGCUCUCCAAGAUGCUCUUGAAGGUGUCUUCUUGGCAUCUAGUCUCUCUGCUAGUGUAGCUUUCAAGUUCAGGGCUGUAGAGUCACUUAAUUUACUUGAUGCUUUGUACUCUUGAUCCCAGACUCCAGUGUAUGUGUAACUGUUUAGGCAAUUUCUUCCCACGAAACCCCUGAAGUGGACGCGCUAUGGAGUUUGCGAUGUUAUUACACCUCUAGUGCCAUAUGAGAAUAAUGCGUUGCAGAUUUACGUGUUGAUGUUAAAGUGAAAUUGGAAGAUAGUGAAUGCGCACAUGAAAAAUUAUAUUUAGAAGUUUGAGUUCAGUUUAGCUAAUCUGGAUAAAUCUCUCCUGACAAUUACAUGGCUGUGAUGUGCUGUAAUUUAGAGUUAAACAACUUAUAUUAUUUGGCUUUCGCUGAAGAUUAUGACAGAGCUUUUGUAUUGACAUAAAAAGCUGCUAGUAAGUACUUCUUGAAAAGAAUAACAAUUAAAAAAAAAAGGCAUUUUAAAAUGCUUUUUCACAUUUUCCUGGAAAGACUUCUUUGGGCUGUAUCAUGUUGUGCCUUUGAUCUGUAAUGGGGAACUGACUCUGUGUCAGAGAGGGGUGAUCAGUCUGUCAUAUGUCCAUUUUUAAUAUUUUCUUGCUAUUUUUUAGGUCACUUUCUUCUUUUGUGACUAGUGGUAAAAAGGACGAUGUAGAAGUUGUGGUACAAGGCUUGUUUGUCAUUUAGGUAACACUUAGCAAAGAGCUUCUGUAAGUGGGAGAUGUUGGGGGACAUGUCAUCUGCUGCACUGGCCUGGUCUGUUUUCAGUCUCUGCUCAUGGUGUAGUCCAGAGGAUUUAGAAAUGUGUGGGACUUGGUGGCUCCUGCUGUGGAGGACGGUGUGGUACAGCCUGUGCUGAAGAGCAAGGUUUGUCUUGAGCAUUCCCCAAAUUGCCAAAUGCAGCUUCAUUUGAGCUUGUGAAGACUGCCCAGCUCUGAGACAGCCGAUUCCACACGGCUUUUAUUUAGGUAAUUGUUUAGAGCAAGGCUCAGGGUGUUACAUGUGAGGUAACACUCAAGUUAAAAAUCAGUACUAAGACUAAUUUGUAAAAGCUUUUGCUCUCCAGAUGCUGGACUUGUCAGCAUAGAAUUGAUAACAAAUAGGGCAAGGCUGUUUGAUCGAGUUAAUCCAGGAAGAAGGAGACUGCUCGCUCAAACACCUGUGGGUUCCUCAGUCUGAUUUCCAAAAGCAUCAAAGCUGUGCAGGUACUUCUCAUUCCUGCUGAGUACCACUGUAAGUGCAUUUUGAAGUGCUCCUUACAUCACUUCUGGAGGUUGAACUCUGACACAUUAUCAUGACUAAACGAGUUGAACUGGUCAUGUAGCAGAAACUGCUUUUAUUUUCUUGGAUAUUCACUUUGAGGUUUCUAGAAGGCCAAGUCUCUUUUUCCAGUGCUUUCCUAACCUGUAGGUGACUAUUUUGGAGAGUAGCUGCCUACUAGCACUUGGAGCAUUGGUUCUUUUUAUCGCUAGCAAAUCUCCAUGUAAGGGCUCCAUCUCCAGACAGUGAUGUGCUUUUGCAGGCUUGGAGGGGGGGCAGGAGGGAGUGCUGCAUUUGGGCUGAUGUUACAAUGAAGUAUCUGACUUCUCCAGGAACAAAUCUGAACUGAUUCCUUUCAAGGUUUAGUCUGUGUAGACUUAAAAAGUUGAAAGAAAACAAUGAUGGUAUGUGCAAAACGUUAUAAGGUCAUAAGCCAAAGCUGUAGUUUAAAACUCUGCUCCUUCUGCAGUUAACAGACGCUACCUGUUGAAAAAGUGAUGUUUUAUUGUAGUAAUUUCUUUGCAGGAGUUAUUUUUGUAUACCUUUGAAUAUCUCUGUAUUGCAUAUAACCCACUUCUCUGUGUAGAACUGAGGGCUUAUCUUCUCUCCUGCAGUCUGUUCCACUGUUUGAAGGCUUCCCAACUAGAAGAGGAGCGUUAUCAACUGCUAAUGACAGCUUAGUGCUGUGGUGUAGUGGUCAAAGUCUUGAAAAAUAAAAGGAGAUUCAAAAAAUACAGAUCUCAAUUAUUUGACAAUCAGCUCUCCAACUAUGGCCAACACCUUGCUAGAUGAGGGGAUUUUUGAGAGAACUCCCAGUAGAAGUCUUGUGGUGCUUGCUGGGUUGAGUGUCCAAAAGCCAUGCAGAAUUGAUAUAAUGGGACCAAAUUUGACUGGAAAUGUUCUCUACUAUCAAGAGAGCAAAGCAUUGCUUUUAGAGUGGUUGCUAGAUUUUGAUGUGUCUUCAGGGUGAUAUAUUCACAGCCAUGGAGUACUAGGCUUAUUUCUGGGUUAAUACUGAUUUUUAUAUUAGUGAGACCUUUUCUUAAAAAUUAUUAGCACAGUGAGUAGGUCUAAGCAGAAGCCAGUAUUGGAUGGUCAACAGAUGUUUGCGUUAUCUAGCAAACCUGUUUGUAGAGAUUAGUAACAGCAUCUCCAGAAAACUUGGAUAGUCUAAACUCUGUUUUCCCGUUCAGCCAUAGAUUCAGUCGGGAUGAUCUUGGGUAAACCACCAAAUGUUCGGUGCUGCAGACCACUGUAUAUGAAGUAUUUGCUGGGAUUUUGUGUUGGGCAUUUACACUGCAAGUUUGCUGGGACAAGCCAUGACUCUCUUCUGUUUCUAUUUGUAUCCUCCAUGAGAGACCAAGUGCUGGGGGAAGAAAAACCCCUUCAGGUCAGAGUUAUGAUGGAAAAAGUAAAAUUAUGAACCCUGUAAAGAAGGGGACAUCUGUGCCUCUUCCUACCUCUAACACUGAAGUUCUGGUUUGAUCUACAGGUGAGUUGUUUGAGCAUGCAGUCAGACAUGUGUUUGUGCUGAAUGCUAAAUGGCUUUGUGAUCAUUAUUUAAUGAAAACUGCACAUGACAAAUUAUCAGGCAAGAUACUUUGUUCUUUGCUGUAGAACACAUGAAACAGCCCUUAAAAUCUGUCAGCCUGCUGGUGCUGUUUGUCUUUUUAGAAAUAGCUCUAUUAGUAACAGUUGGCUCCUGCUAGUCUAGGUUUAGUGGUUAAUGGCUAUUGAAUUCCUUCAGCAUCACUAAUAACAGCAGCAGACUGAGGCUGACACAGGAGACAGUGAUUUGAAAAGAGGGAAAGUCGAAAUUAGUGAUGCAGAGGCAUGGUGAGUGCACACACAUGGGCCAAGAGGCUUUCCUGAGAUUUUGCUGACAAGGGAUGCAAUUACAGUCAGACCCCACUGGGUUCUGCCUUGUUCAUUAUCCCUAAGGACUGCUGUUUGCUCAGCUGCUUUUCCACUUGUCUUCUCUUUUCAGUAUGAAGAACUGUAUAAAUCAGGCUGAGACGUUGAGCUGGCGUGAUUUCUGUAGUCAGGGACUGAAUUUAGUUGGAAAAUAGGUGAAAUUCUCCAGCGAUUAAAAUAGGCAGAGCAAAUGUGCAUGGUAGACUGCCCUUAGGGGACCUGUGGUGCCACUGUGGUCAGAUGUGGCUGGAGAUGCUGUCACAGAAACCCUCUCCUGGCUGUGGGGCAGACUGAGUGCUGUAGCCCUUUGUGCAAGGGGGAAGAUGAGUGUGUGGAGCAAAAAAAUGCAAAGAGAUGGUUCUACUCGCUCAGGAUUUUCUCAGUCCUAUCCUCUUUUAAAAAAAUACAUCUAUGAGUUAGGUUUUGAUUGCUCUGGAGUUUAAGGGAUGCUUUGAAUUUGAGUCUUAUCUGAAAUUCUGUGGUCUUUCGCUUUCAAUAUCAAAGCACCCAAUAUCCUUAUAUGGGUUGCUUGUACCAACAAAGACCUUUUUGAGUUAAUUCAGUUAGAAAAAGGUGUUUCUAGAGGACACUUUGUGAAUUCCUAAUGAACAAGUAUGGAAACUCUCUGAAAUGUUGAUGUUCAUAAGGGCUCACCAGAAAACCCACUGGAGCCAAAGGAAAUACUCUGAUCAAUUCUAGUAGUGAAAACCUUGUGAAAGAUGUUACGUCAGAAUGUUUUCUUCCUCCAUUUAUAAAAUGUAUUUGCUUGUCGGAACAAACUUGGCUCUUGAGACCACCUUUUUUUUUCCUUGCAUCAAGUCUGUCCUAUUGUUGUGGUAGGUAAUAAUAGUUCUAGUUACUGUUCACAAGUGGUAAAGGAUCAUAAUUUUGAAGGACAGUCUUGUAUUAUGAUAAGUGGUGGGGAAACACUAAGCUUGACUUUUCUGUGAGUGGUACAUCCUAAGCAAAGCACCCUCAGCUGGAACUGGUCAUGUCUUUGAAAUGUGAUCAUCCACUCGAUCCACAGUUAAAUGUACUGUAAAGGUUACGUAUCUCAUAUCUGCCUCAGUUUAGGAUUUAUCUUGGCUAGGAAAAUAGACAACAGGGUAAUCAUGCUGAUGGUGAUGCAAGGCUCCCAAAGUAGCCCACUGCAUUGCUUUGACUUACCUCGCUAAUCACCACCUCACUGAACUGACCCAAAGUCUCCUUUGCUGUACUGUACUAUAUCCAGUUGAGAGAGAUUGCUGGCUGUCAUCACCCAUCACACCCUUUCCCCUCAUGUGAAUAAGCUGUAACAAACCAGAAGUAAAAGCUAUGCCAUGUGAGUUGAGGGUGUUUGUUUUUUACCAAGUGGGAGCCACAGAUCCAGGAAAUACCCUCAUUUCUGAUGCUUGCCUCUCCAAAUACAGUCAGCUGGGUACCUGGAGAAAGAUAACCCAGAUAUAGCAGAAACUGAGAUGGUAGUCAGUGUAAUUUAGGCUGUAAAUGUCGUCAAUGAAAAAUUAGACUGGUUUAGCAGGGUUAACAGCUCAGCUCAUCUGUCUGGAUAAACAGGAGCUGGCUGUACUGUACUCAGAGAUCGUCUGUUUUCACAUUAAUAUCUAGCUAUUAGCACUUCCUGGAUGUGAUCCCAUUUGUUGAACCAGUUAUCCUUUUCCAGCAAGCUCAGAAGAUAAUUUUAGCUCUGGUUAGUGCUCAAGAAGCAGAUGCCACCUUUACCUUUGCUUUUUCCACAACUGCUUAUGUUGGGGUAACAUUCCCAAGGACAGGCAUGCUUGUCAGGGCACUGUGGUGGUGUCCCUGCCAAGCAUCCUCUGGAGUCCAGCCCUGGUCCACAGGCACCUGACAUGGCCCAAACCUGUGUCAGUCAUGGUUUUAGCUGUGCAUGGUUCCCUGGGGGAGAGGGCAUGUUAAAAUUACUCUUAUGCUUUCAUGGGCAGUGAUCAAGGGCCCUGGUGUCACGUGAAUGCAAACCUUGGAGCUUUUCAAAGUCUGAUUCCUCUAGUACCUUUCAUCCAUGAAUCUGCUCCUUCCCAAUACUGCUCAUGCCUGUAGAGGUCUCAGGCUGGAAGCAGUCCUGGUUGUAUGAAACACUGCAUCCAACUCCUGCUUUAGCUCGAAGGAAGAGCAUCUGUGGCUUGUUGUUUGUGCCACCUUGAGUUUCUUACUAUGAACAUAAACCUAACUAAUUUGAUAAACUCAUUCUCAGCCAAGGCACCCUGUGAGGAGUGUUUCCCUUCUCAUGGGACCAGUGUAAGAGAUUCAGACGUUAAGAAUCAAUGGUGGGUUGGUGUGAGUAAAGCUCCAGUGAGCAGGUGGAGGCUGCUCUCCAUCCAGGGAGACUUAUGGCCAUUGUGGAAGAGGAGAGUCAUUCUGAGCUAUCACUUGGCUGGUGGUGUGACUAUCUCCGAGGGUCUGAGUUGCAUCACUGGCACAAGCUUCAGUAAUAUAACAGCCAUGGUGUCCCCAGAAGUCAAGCCUUUACUCAGGGGGAAGCAAAAGAGAAGGGAAUGCUGUUUUGACAUUUUAACUGAGUGAGAAUAAAAUGUUUGGUCUGUAGUGGGGCAAACUGCCAUGAUUUCAGGCACUGCCGUUGCUUCAACUCUUGCAGACUGGGAGAAAGCCUUACUGCUGGCCCCCGAGUACAGUCAGCACUGAAGGGGGAAAAGGAACUUCUUAAGCCAACAUUUGGGAGAAGAAAAGGCCAUCUAAUGAGAGUAGGGAGGAAGCCCAGAGUUUGUUGCUAUGCUAGUUUGGAGUGACAAGUAUAUCUCUGGAUAUUAGAGAAGUAGUUUAAAAUGUGCCAUGGUUUUUAGCAUAAUAAGAUGCACUGCAGAUAUGUCACAUCCAUUUCAUUUCCCACAGCUGUUUACAAAAGGAAAAAAAAACAACAAAACACCCUGAGAUUGGAGCAGCUGCAGUCACUCAGCUGUCAAUAUGGGACAAGGCUCUUUCUGCUCCUUUUAUUUCCACUUCACUCUGUUCUGCGCAUAUUUGGCUGUUCUGUGAAUUUGCAGAUCAUGAAAUUUUUUUCAAACUGCCUUUGAUCUAUACAGAAAGGCUCACCCAGCUCUCAUUUCAAUUCAUUAAUACUUUGAGUAGUCAUUUUAAUUUUAUGUUUACUGGCUUGUUUCCCUUUGUAAUGUUAUUUAACUGACAAGUUCAUUGUGCUCUGCAUUACCUUUAGGUUUUUGAGUCUAAAAUGUUUCCUCUUUCCUGAAAGCUAUGAUCAUUUUUAGAGAUGUUUAUAAAGGCAUCUUCAUUUCCUCAGGAGAAAACCUGAAUUACUCUCAGCUUUGAUUACUAGCAAAUCAAUAUUGAAGCAUGUAAUUUUUUUUUACAGCACAAACAGAGUAUGUUUUAUACCAUCAACUGUAGUUUGUAGUUUAAAAACCUGGUUAAGUACUAAAAGCAGCAUUUUGUUUGCAAGUUCCAUGCCAAGGAAAGCAUUAAAGGAAUUUCCUGGGUUGGAGUUUUUCCCACAAAAGUCGACUGUCUUUUCCCCAACAAUUGUGAAUUUAGCACAAUGUACAGAAUUUUAGCAAGAAUCCUGCUUCCUAAACAUGUGGUCGGAAGGAUGAGGAGAGGAUGUGUUUCUUGUUGAUCAAGCACAACUGUUUCAGUGGAGAAAAUGCACUACAGCUGGCCAAACCAUUGAUCUUGAGUUGCUGGGGUAGUGCUGUCUUUGGGAAGGGUAUAGGUGUUAGCAAAUCACCAAACUGUGAAUCAUUGACUGUCAGAAGCAUUUGGCUUGUCUGUUUUUUAAGUUCUUGUGGUCAAGUGUGGUGCAGUGGGGUUGAGAAAGGAAUGUAUUUUGGAUGACCAGGAUGAUGAAUGUAUGAUGCUUCAUGUUUAUUUGUAAUGUCCUUUUUAUACUUAGAAAUUGCUUACAUAUGUAUCUGUAUGUAAAUAAAUGUUUAAUCCUUUCCA